UGUCUCACUCUGUGCCCGUCUCUGUCUGAUAGAGAUUUUCUUUCUUCCACUUCAUUUUCAUAUUUUUCUUUCUUUUUUGUUUUUAACAGCCUUUGGUUGAUUACCCUGACAGCGAAGAUGAAGUUGUGUGUUCUAAAAUUAUGACAUCUUAUAAAAAGAGAUCUGUGACUCGUGAUGAUUCGGAUGAUCUGUUUGAAAAUUCCAGUGUAAACAGUAAAGAUGACCAUACAGACAUUCAAGAUGACGUCAGACGGAAUCAUGCACCAUUUGCAAUGAGUGAACAACAUUCUGCUUGUACCACAGCAUCAAAAAGAGCAAAAAACACCAGAGCUAGAGCGAAGAUUGCUGAGUACUCAGAUGGUUCAAGUGAAGAUGAGUUAUCUGUCAGUGUGGAAGAGUACAUUCCUGACACAUCAGAGAGUUACACAUCAGAUAGUAGCAUGAGCCUUACUGCUUCACCAAAAGGUAAAGAAAAAAAGUUACAGACUUUGCCAGUCCAGAGCAGUUCAGCUGUGAACAGAAUCAAAAAGUUCAGUACUCAAAGCAGCGGUGACUUAGGGAGCUCCCAGGACCACGACAUAGGCACAGUUCCUGACACAUCUUCCAUUCUUGACAGCACAACAUCAGUAGUUAUCCCAGCUAUAAUUAAAAAGAGAGGUGGAUUGAGAAUGUACAGCAAAAAACAGCAGUGCUUUUUUUGUGACGGUGCUUUUACAAAAAUUUCUAGACACCUGGAACGAAAGCAUAGAAAUGAGGUAGAGGUAGCGAAAGCAUUAAGUCAUCCAAAGGGCUCAAAAGAAAGGAGGAUGCAACUGGAGUAUCUACGCAACAAAGGGAACUUUGCUUACAACAGUAAUGUUAUUAAUACAGGUGCAGGACUGAUGAUUCCGUGGAAACUGCCCAAAAAGAACCUGGAUGGGGAAAGUUUUAUGCACUGUAUUUACUGCAAAGGACUCUUCUUAAAGAAAACUCUGUGGCGACAUUUCAAGGUUUGCAAAUUUAGGCCUGGUGAUGAGAAGCCGAAACCUGGAAAAACCCGUGUCCAGGUUCUUUGUGGCUUUGCACAACCUCCCCCACCAGGAGUAACUCAUGGUGUUUGGAAGCUGUUAAAUUCCAUGAACCAGGACCAAGUGGCACUUGAAACUAGAAAUGACUGGUGCAUUUUAGAGUUAGGAAAGCAUCUUUACAACAAGUAUGGAUCAAGAGUUAAAAUGCAUGAACACAUCCGCCAAAAGAUGAGGGAGCUUGGAAGACUCCUAAUAUGUGCAAGAGAGGUAUCCCCCCUUACAUCUAUUAAGGAGCUCAUUCAUCCCACAAACUUCAUGCAUACCAUCAAUGCAGUUAAAAGGGCUGCUGGCUACAAUGAAGAUACCAAUGUAUUUGAAAAGGCUAGUGUGGCUGUGAAACUUGGACAGAGUCUAAACAAAAUCGCAAUGCUCAUUGAGAGCCACUCUACUAUUAGUGGAGAUGAAGAGACAGGAAAAAUUGCGAACAGCUUUCAACAGCUUUAUCAGUCCAGAUGGUCCGAAUACAUUGCUACAAAAGCUCGGCGAACACUGGAGGAAGCAAAAUGGAAUUCCCCACAAUUACUUCCAUUCACCAAAGAUGUUAAGCUCCUUCAUAUAUAUCUUGAUGAGCAAGAGAAGACCCAUCGCAAACUCUUGUUAUCGCAGCCGUUGUCUCAGCACUGGGCAAAACUGGCCAAGAUCACGUUAACUGAGGUUAUGCUUUUCAAUCGUAGACGAGAAGGGAAAGUGUCCCAGAUGCCGUUGUCUGCAUACAUCUCCAGCAACCAAACGGAUGCUCAUCCGGAUAUUACCAUGGCCCUCACAGAUUUAGAAAACAAACUGUCAGUACUUCAGGCGUGUAGAAAUCCGAGGCAAAAGAGGCAGAAAGGUUCCCGUGCUUCUCACACCUUCCAUGCAAGAAUCAAUCAGCCGGCUUAUUGAAAAUCGGAGUAGGUGUGGAAUACCAAAUGAAAACCCUUUCCUUUUUGCACGUCCAUAUGCAAUGACGUUUUUCAGAGGCUCUGAUUGCAUUCAAGAAUUUGCUGUUGCAUGCGGCACAAAAAAUCCUUGAGUUGAGGAAACAGAUCGGGACACUUUCCGAAGUUCUUAAUCUUAGCAACACCGAACUAGAUCAGUUGGCAGACUUUCUAGGCCAUGACAUUAGAGUUCAUCGUCAAUUUUACAGGUUACCCGAAGGCACCCUCCAACUGGCUAAAAUCAGUAAAAUUUUACUGGCUCUUGAAAAAGGACGUUUGGCAGACUUUAAAGGGCAAAAUCUCAAUGAAAUCAACAUUGAUCCAGAAGAGGAAGUUACAGUGGACAGUGAUUUGGAGUCCACUUCUAGUCCGAAAGAGUGCACCACAGUAUCAUCACCGCAGGACACUGUUUGUGAGAACAGCACACUUCCAGCAGAUCCAGU